AUGGACGGCUAUCGGCCGAAGGAUUCGACUAAACAGCACGAUCUCAGCGAGCUACUCGGUUUGCACAAGUGCGGCGAGUGCAAGAAAGUAUACAGGUCGCGGAUGGCGCUUAACCGGCACGUGCGAGAGGAGUGCGGCAGAAUCUUAUACACUUGUCCGUACUGCCACAACGUGAUGCCGAUGAAGUUCAAUCUGUUAAAUCAUCUGAAGAAGGAGCACGGCAGUCUUCAUCGAAAUCAAGCGAUCUCUCAGUACAUGUGCAGCAUCUGUGGAAACAUGUACGUGUAUCACAGCUCGUUGCAAAGACACGUGAGGGAGGAAUGCGGAAAACCACCGAAGUAUCAAUGCCUGUACUGCCCAAAGAAAUCCAAGUUGCGAUACACCUGCAACACUUGUCUGGCCUGCUCGAAGACGUACAAAUGGAAGAAAUCGCUACAUCGACAUAUACGCGAGAGCCCGGAGUGCUGGCCGGUUCUCCUCAUUUCUGGCAACGGCGAAUUUAUUCGGCAGAUUCAAUACAAGAUGAUGUACAAUACCAACAAAUGCAGAUCUCCUCUCCUCGUCCUAAAUCAACGAUCCAGGACUAAAGCCGUUUCACCGAAAAUUCAAGUAGCUGAGUACAUAUUCUACACGAUCGUCGCUCGUCGUUCCGAGGCCGUCGUUGUCGUCUUCAAAAAGCCUUUUCCCUGCAUGUACUGCGAGCGCAGCUACAAGAACAAGAGCUCGCUGAAUCGCCACUUGCAGUACGAGUGCGGCAAGGAGAAACAGUUUAUUUGUCCGAUUUGCCGAAGAAGAUUGAUCCAGAAGAGCAGUCUGCACAAACACUUGCUCGCCGUUCACGGGAUUUGA